AUGGUAUUAUUUACUGUGGAACAGCUCGAGCUUAUUAGGCGAUUACGGAGUACCGGUAUAUCGCCAGCACAAAUCGCCGAGGCGCAGCCGCCGGUUCCCGUAACAAUUUCGGCGUCGCCGUCAGAAAUAGUCAGCCAGUCAUCGGAGCAACUGAGCGUCCAGAUUGUCCCUCCGGCAUCCGUAGCCCCUCCAUCCGAACCGACAACUUCGCAAACACCUGAGUCUAGUGUAAACGUCUCUGAAGCGGCAGCCGUUCCUUCCUCAACGGCACCAUUAUCUACUGCGCUCAGAUAUGAAAAUAACACCGCAGGGAGACCGAUACGGAGUUUACGAACACCUAUGAAGGAAAUAACCACACUGGACCGACCGGAAGAGCUGGACGAGUUCAUGGAACAAGGCGAGGAAGCAUGCAUAGCUGACAUGAAACAGUUCAUCACACAAUACUCUCUUAGGCAAACCACAGUUGCUAUGAUGACAGGCGUAUCACAGCCGUAUAUUUCCAAAUUACUGAACGGUAACCACCGUGAGUUGUCGUUACGAUGUCGAAAAAACAUCUACUGCUGGUACUUGAAUUGUCGACGACAUCCUCAUAAACUUUCGGUGUUCUUCGCCGAUCCGUCCACUCGACUGGAGACCAACGGCGAUGGCGAGUUGGUCCCCCAACGGCGAGAACGCUAUGUCUUUCGACCAAUCCUCAUCAAAAUUCUCGAAGGAUUCUUCACUCAAUCGCCAUUUCCCGAUCUGAACAAGAGGGUGGAGAUCGCUAGCGCUUGUAAUCAAGUCCUGCAGAUCGAAAAACGAGGUGUUGCACUAAUGCCAAAAGAGGUGGUGUCACCUCAAGUGGUCGCCAACUGGUUUGCCAACAAGCGGAAGGAACUCCGAAGACGUUCUCAAGAGGCAAGCGAACAAGUAGUCGGCAUCACAACUAGUCAACCAACUACACCGGCACAUAUUUUCAACGAGGAAGCUACGAGUUCCGGCAUCGGUUCCACUCCAUCUCCGAUAAUGGAGGAGCCAGACACUGCUGAUCAGAGAGAUACGGAAUCGCGUCCACUCGACGUCAUCGCGUUGGCGGCUCGUCUAGGAAUCGCUUUUCCACAGUUCACAGCAACCACAGGCCCUUCUGAAACACCGUAUUCGUGUACGCUACCCUUAGCCAGCUUAGCUUCUCAUCUACUGAAUUCUGAACAACAAACUAAAUCUUAUAACGAUGAAUCCAAUCAGAAAGGCACCGCGCUUAGGGUGAACGCGGUGACUUCUCAACUUAUUCCCACUACGCCUGUGAGCUUCGUAAAUUCUUUGAUUGCCCCCAGUCUCCAAAUACUUAGCGCUCAAUUUCCUGUGUUGAACGAACUCUGCAGCCCGACCGAACAGCAGACCCUUGACACCAGUUCGGCUACAGCAGCUAGCGACAGUCUACUCUCAAUGACAUACGAUCAUCCCCAUCAUUCUAUGUUGAAGACGGAAUCGAUGGAAUAG